UCGGUGUCCUCAUUGGUAGCUACAUCAGUGAGAUGUCUCUACAGGCUGGUUGUAGGCCUACUAUCAAGUGCCUCUUUGCUUUUCUAUGAGCUUCUACACAUGAGAGCUCUCUGUUUAUCGUUCCUAUUUUAAUAAAGCGAUUAUUCUUCGUCACUGAGAGGUCAUGGAACAGCAGCUUAUACGCAAGACGGAACUGGAGUAACUGGAUAGUUUACAACAUAAUUUCCUUGUUACUUAGCUGGAGGGUUUUUCGUGAUGUGCACUUCAUCACAGCAGGAAGAACACUAAGGUCUCCAGUCUGCUAUGGAUGAGGAGGAAGAGGAGGGGGGUCCAGCCUCUAAAACCACUCUGUCUGGGGAACAUGGCCGCCAGAGCAAAGCUAAGAGCCCAGAGCAGCAGGGGAGACCAGAGUCCCCUGGACCCAGCUGUGUCUCCAUGAAGAGUGACAACUCUAUGGAACAACCUGUUAACUUUAAAGAUGGAAAUCAGUCUAUUGAGAAGAGCCCAGAGCGGCAGGAGAGAGCAGUCUCUACUGGACCCAGCUGUGUCUCCCUGAAGAGUGACUACUCUAUGGAUCCACCUGUCACAUUUAAAGAUGGAAAUCAAUCUAUUGAGAAGAGGAGACUCCAGCAGGAGAGAGCAGAGUCCCCUGGACCCAGCUGUGUCUCUAUGAAGAGUGACCACUCUGUGGAUAGACCUCCUGAAUUUAAAGAUGGACGCCCCUCCAGAAAGAAGAGAAAACACCAGGAGAAGUCGAAGGUUACCAGUGCUCAAUCUGUAAAGCAGCAUCAAACAGAGCUGAUCAAGAGGGCUGAGGAGAAUGCACACGCUUUUCUAGACAAAGAGCUGAAGAAGCUCUGGAGGGUUCUCUACCCAGAUUACCCACAUUGCUCAGAGAGUCAGAGGGAGGAGGAGGAGGAGGAGGAUGGUAAGAAAGAGGAGCAGAGGAGGCGCGCCAUAGAGGGAGUGGUAGACAUCACUACGCUCUGCCUGAUGGAGAUGAACCAGGAGGAACUGGCCGACACACUGUGGGGUGGAGCUGUUGCUGUUGGGUGCCAACAUAAAAUCAAGUCUCACCUGAGGGAAAAGUUCAGGAAUGAGUUUGAGGGAAUUGCUAAAGCAGGACAGCCAACAGGUCUCAAUGACUUCUACACAGAGCUCUUCAUCACAGCGAGAGGCAGUGGAGAGGUCAACCAGGAACAUGAGAUCAGACUUAUUGAAACAGCCUCCAGGAAACCAGCCAGGGAGGAAACACCAAUCAAAUGCGAAGACAUCUUUAAACCCUUACCUGACCAAGAUCAACCGAUCAGAACAAUAAUGACAACGGGGGUGGCCGGCAUUGGUAAAACCGUCUUAACACACAAGUUCACUCUGGACUGGGCUGAAGGUAAAGCCAACCACGACAUACAUUUCACAUUUCUUUUGACUUUCAGAGAGCUGAAUUUGCUGAAAGGGAAAGAGUUUAGCUUGGUGGAACUUCUUCAUCACUUCUUUAUUGAAACCAAAGAAGCAGCUAUCUGCAGAUACGACCGGUUCCAAGUUGUCUUCAUCUUGGAUGGUCUGGACGAGUGCCGACUACCUCUGGACUUCAAGAACAGCCAGACCUUGACUGAUGUCACCGAGUCCACCUCGGUGGACGUGCUUCUGACAAACCUCAUCAGGGGCGACCUGCUUCCCUCCGCUCGCAUCUGGAUAACCACACGCCCUGGGGCAGCCCAUCAGAUCCCUGCUGAGUGUGUUGGCAUGGUGACAGAGGUGAGAGGCUUCAACGACUCACAGAAGGAGGAGUACUUUCGGAGGAAAUUCACAGAUGAGACACUGGCCAGCACAAUCAUCACCCACGUCAAGAAAUCACGAAGCCUCCACAUCAUGUGUCACAUCCCAGUCUUCUGUUGGAUCUCUGCAACUGUUCUUGAAGACCUCUUCCAACCAUUCCAGAGAGGAAAAGAGAUGCCCAAGACCGUGACCCAGAUGUACAUCCACUUCCUGAGGGUUCAGUCCAUACAGGGAGACAUGAAGUACCAUGGGAGAGCUAAAACAGAUCUAGACUGGAGUUCAGAGAGCAGGGAGAUCAUUGUUUCUCUUGGAAAACUGGCUUUUAACCAGCUGGAGAAAGGCAACCUGAUCUUCUACGAGGCAGACCUGGCAGAGUGUGGCAUCGAUAUCAGAGCAGCCUCAGUGUACUCAGGAGUGUUCACUCAGAUCUUUAAAGAGGAGUGUGGGCUGUACCAGGACAAGGUGUUCUGCUUUGUCCAUCUCAGCAUCCAGGAGUUUCUAGCUGCACUUUAUGUCCUUCAGUCCUUCAUCAACACUGGUGUCAAUCUAUUCUCAGAAGUACCAGCUACCUACGAUGAACUCUUCCUCUACCAGAGUGCUGUGGACAAGGCCUUACAGUGUGAGAACGGACACCUGGACUUGUUCCUCCGCUUCCUCCUGGGCCUCUCUCUGGAGACCAAUCAGAAACUCCUACGAGGUCUGCUGGGAAAGAGACCUCGUAGGAGGUCUCAGUUUAAACAAGGUUUGCUUUGGCUGACAGGAAGAAACACCAAUCAGAGAACAGUCUGUUACAUCAAGGAGAAAAUAAAUGGAGAUCUCCCUCCAGAGAGAAGCAUCAAUCUGUUCCACUGUCUGAAUGAGAUGAACGAUUGUUCUCUAGUGGAGGAGAUCCAACAGUACCUGACAUCAGGAAGCAUCUCAACAGAAUCUCUCUCCUCUGGUCAGUGGUCUGCUCUGGUCUUCAUCUUACUGUCAUCAGAAGAGGAGCUGGUUGUGUUUGACCUGAAGAAAUACGCUGCUUCAGAGGAAGGUCUUCUGAGGCUGCUGCCAGUGGUCAAAGCCUCCAAAACAUCUCUGCUGAAUGGCUGUCAUCUGUCGGAGCGAUGCUGUGAGGUUAUUUCCUCAGUUCUCAGCUCCAACUCCUCUAGUCUGAGAGAGCUGGACCUGAGCUUCAAUGAUCUGCAGGAUUCAGGAGUGAAGCUGCUCUCUGCUGGACUGGGGAGUCCACAAUGUACCCUGGAAACUCUCAGGCUGAAUGGCUGUCAUCUGUCAAAGAGAUGCUGUGAAGCUCUGGCCUCAGUUCUCAGCUCUAACUCCUCUAGUCUGAGAGAGCUGGACCUGAGUACCAGUGAUCUGCAGGAUUCAGGAGUGAAGCUGCUCUCUGCUGGACUGGGGAGUCCACACUGUACACUGGAAUCUCUCAACUUGUCUGGCUGCCUGGUCACACAGGAAGGCUGUGCUUCUCUGGCCUCAGCUCUGAGCUCCAACCCUUCCCAUCUGAGAAAGCUGGACCUGAGCUACAAUCACCCAGGAGUCUCAGGAGCUGCGCUGCUCUCUGCUGGACUGGAGGAUCCACGCUGGAGACUGGACACUCUCAGUGUGGAGCACGGUGGAGUGUGUAGGCUGAAACCAGUUCUAAAGAAGUAUGCCUGUGAACUCACACUAGUCCCAAACACAGCCCACAGACAACUCUCUCUAUCUGAGGACAACAGAAAGGUGACAGUGGUUGGACAUCCAGAUCGCCCAGAGGGAUCUCACUCCCGUCCCCAGGUGUUGUGUAGAGAGGGUCUGACCGGCCGAUGUUACUGGGAGGUUGAGUGGGAAGGACGUGUUGCUAUAGGAGUGGCACACAGAGGAAUCCCAUCGAGAGGAGGGGCUGACAGCCGCCUUGGAAGGAACAACAGGUCCUGGAGUCUUCAUUGUAAUGAUGGUCUUUGUUACAAUGCCUGGUACAACGGUAGUAGAACAGUCAUACGUCUCCUCUCGGUUGGCUCUAACAGAGUAGGAGUGUAUCUGGACCGGCCUGCUGGCACUCUGACAUUCUACAGAGUGUCCCCAGGUGGAGGAGGGUCCUCAGACACACAGACACACAUCCACACCUUCCAGUCCACCUUCACCCAGGAGGACCUCCUCCCUGGGUUUGAGUUCCCUUCGUUCUCUGGAUCGUUUGGUCAGUCAGUGUCUCUGUGUAACUUAAAGUCUCUCUCUCUAUCAUCUCCCGGUCUGAGGACACAUAGGAAUACCGAAUACACACAGUACCACAUGCAUAUAUGAAUACAAACACACGCGCACACACAUAUUAACACAUUCGGUGCACACACAUACACACACACACACACACACAUGCAUAUAUAAACAUCCAAAUAUGCACACACAAACACAUGCAAACGCGUGCACACACAUGAAUGCCUACAUAAACACACGGGCGCGCACACUCAUGUAUGCAUACAUAAACGCAUGCGCACACGCACACAUACUGCAAGCAUACUGCACACAUGCAUAAACACACAAAUACACGCACGCACACACACACACACACACAGAUAUUGACACACACAUGCAAACAGCGCGCAUCCACACGCACACAUUCGUAAACACACACACACAGACUACACACACAUGUAUAGUAUAACACACAGACACAUACACACACAUUGUGUUUUUGUGAUAUAAGUUCAUGUACUCAACUGUAAUCCAGUUGAGUACAUUUUCUACAUUUUCUUGGGCUUCUGAAAAAUACUUUUAAGAUCCUCCAUAAGGUUAACGAAGCAGGUUUUACAGACACUAUAUUUCUAAUGUCAAAUGUAUUUUAAUUAUUGAAUGAUGGUAAAUCUAAACAUGUUUAUACUACAAUAUUGUGUAUAUUUUCAGACAUUUCAUGCUUAAGGGCUCUGAUGUCUCAGAGCCCUGAGAUAUCAGUCUUGGAAAAGCUUUUGAUCGUGUUGUGAAUUACUUUAAAGUAUUGAUUCAUUGUGUUCUGUUGGGAACAACACAGCAGCAGAACAUGUUCAGUUAUUAAAGAUAUGUUUUUUGAUUAA